UUCUCUCUAUCUAAGCUUCAUAGGCAAUGCUCGUAUCAGUCUUAUAUAUGUUAUGGGUGCGCUGCGCUCGCUGCAGUGCGCUCAAGUGCGCCGUUGAUUGGUGAAGGUAGGCAAGGUCUUCGAGGGUAUUCGUUAAAAUAGCAUACGCGAACGAAAGUAACGCGUAACAAUAGAUCGAGAUGGCUGCACGUUCGGUCUUGAGAUAUUUGAAACCGAAGCCCGUGAUGUUCCAGAGUCACCGAUGCGCUUCUCUGUCUGGCUUCGAUAUUCAGCACAAAACUCCCACCAUCAAGAAGGUGAUGCCCAUACCUAAGGCACAGUAUGGGGGUAGGCAUACCGUCACCAUGCUACCUGGAGCUGGUAUCGGGCCAGAGUUAAUGUCUUAUGUCAAGGAGGUUUUCAAAUACGCUGGUGUGCCAGUAGACUUCGAGGACGUUGAGAUUGAUCCCAAUGCGGAUGACAAUGUUGACCUGGAUUUUGCAAUUACAUCGAUACGCAGGAAUGGAGUGGCAUUGAAGGGUAACAUAGAGACACGCAGCACUCAGGCCGACGUUAUUUCACGAAAUGUCGCGUUACGGAAUGAGUUGGAUCUCUAUGUGAACGUCUUGCACUGCGUGUCCUACCCUGGCGUCAACUCCCGCCAGAAGAAUAUCGACAUAGUGAUCGUCAGGCAGAACACCGAGGGCGAGUACUCCAUGCUGGAGCACGAGAGCGUCGACGGCGUCGUUGAGAGCAUGAAAGUCAUCACGAGCUCCAACUCGGAGCGUGUCGCGCGUUACGCGUUUGAUUACGCCAAGAGGAACGGCCGGAAGAAGGUUACCACGGUCCACAAGGCGAACAUCAUGAAGCUGUCGGACGGCCUCUUCCUGGAGAUCUCGCGACGAGUCGCCAAGGAUUACCCGGACAUCGUUCACAACGAUAUGAUCAUCGACAACUGUUGCAUGCAGCUCGUUUCGAAUCCGCAUCAGUUCGACGUCGUGCUGACGACCAAUCUCUAUGGAGCCAUCGUCUCGAACGUGGUCUGCGGCCUGCUGGGCGGCGCUGGUCUGUUGGCCGGCAAGAACUACGGCGAGCAUUACACGAUCUUCGAGCCGGGGACUCGCAACACUGGCACCAGCAUUGCUGGCAAGAACAUAGCGAAUCCUAUAGCGAUGCUGAACGCUGCGGUCGAUAUGCUGCGUCAUCUGGGUCACAAGCAUUACGCCGUCAUUAUACAGAACGCCAUCAACAAGACAAUUAAUCAGGGGGUGCACACCCGCGACCUUGGUGGCACCGCGACCAGCAGGGAAGUCGUCGAUAAUAUACUGAAACACAUUAAAAUCGCGACCGCUUGAGACUGAAUAUUUUUAUCCUAGAUAGAAAUCUCUCGUAGGAGCUGGAGAAAACCAAAUACAAGAAUCUUGCGUGACUUCUCUUUUUAGUGAGAUAAUAUAAGAUAGCUAUGAUUAUUAUGAUAAAACGAUUUCCGGGAAGCAUAUACAGCAGCGAGAGGUUUUUAUUCUUUUCACUGGCUAAAACUAGCUUAGAGUUUUUGCCAGAUUGAAGGGAAGAAAGAAACUCCGACCUAGUGCAGCCAGUUGAGUUGAAAAGAACAGACCUAAGAUUUUGGCCGCCAGAAACUGCAGAAUAUUUCGCACAAAAUCGUUAGAAAAUCCUUAGACCUCGACAGGUUUCAACUUUCUUGCUAUAAAUCACAAUGUGCUCUGUAAUAUAAUAAUAAUCAGAAUUUUAUAUAAAAUACAUACAAUGUAUAUUAUAAAAAUAACAAUUUUCUUCUACGAAUUAAUUCACGAAAUAUUGUGACUAUUGUUACUAUGAGAAUAAUUUAUGACAAAUGCGAAAUACUCGUUGUAAUUAAACUAAUGCUCGUUCAUACUUGAGCGAAAAAGAUGUAGUCAAUUUAUUAAUAAUAAGCUGUGACCAGAUAUUCAUAUGAUAUAUA